UAGCUGCUCGAACAUCGAACAAUUUGACGUUUUGGACCGUGUCGGGAUUUUGAGGUUGUGUUCGUCAAGACCGCUUUGUGAAACCCGCAGUUCCUGAGUGCUCGCAAAGAAAAAAUCUGUUCACUAAAAUGGCCCUACACGUCCCUAAAGCACCCGGUUUUGCGUCGAUGUUGAAGGAGGGAGCUCGGGCUUACUCCGGUCUCGAGGAAGCGGUGUACCGUAACAUCAAUGCCUGCAAGGAGUUUGCCCGUUCGGUCCGCUCGGCAUACGGCCCUAACGGUAUGAACAAGAUGAUCAUCAAUCACAUCGAGAAGCAGUUCGUGACGUCAGACGCCGGUACGAUUAUGCGCGAGCUGGAUGUGGAGCACCCGGCGGCGAAGCUGAUGAUCGAAGCAAGCCAGAUGCAGGAGGCGGAAGCCGGCGAUGGCACGAACUUUGUCGUAAUUUUCUGCGGUGCGCUACUCGAACUGGCGGAAGAGCUGCUCCGGCUGGGUGUGACGAGCAGUGACAUCACCGAGGGCUACGAGAAGGCUCUCGCGAAGGCACUGGAAAUUCUGCCUACUUUGUCCUGCCACGAGAUCAAGGACUACCGUAGCUUGAUUCCGGUGCGGAAUGCAAUCCGUGCGGCCGUCAUGUCGAAACAGCUGGGCAACGAAGACUUCCUGGCAGAUCUCAUUGCAAAGGCCUGCAUCUCGAUCAUGCCCGAGCAGACCACUUUCAAUGUGGACAACAUCCGCGUGUGCAAGAUUCUCGGCAGCGGGCUGCACAUGUCCGAGGUGGUGCCCGGUAUGGUGUUCAAGCGGUUCGUCGAAGGUGAGGUCAGCUCGGCGACGAAGGCAAAGAUUGCGCUUUACUCCUGCCCGGUUGAUAUCAUCCAGACCGAGACGAAGGGUACGGUGCUGAUCAAGUCGGCCGAGGAGCUGAAGACGUUCAGCCAGGGCGAAGAGAACAUGCUCGAGCAGCAGAUCAAAGCAAUCGUCGAUACGGGCGUCAAUGUGAUCGUCUCCGGUGGAAAGUUCGGCGAUAUGGCUCUGCACUACAUGAACAAGUACGGUAUUAUGGCGGUACGUCUGAACUCGAAGUUUGACCUGCGUCGGCUCAGCAAGGCCGUCAAUGGUACGGUACUGCCACGGCUAACGCCACCGAGCACGGAGGAACUCGGUUACUGUGACAACGUGUACGUCCACGAGCUGGGAGACACAUCGGUAACGAUCUUCAAAUCGGAAGCCGCUGAAAGCCGCAUCGCUACGAUCGUGAUCCGUGGCUCGACCGAUAACUACAUGGACGAUAUCGAGCGGGUCAUCGAUGAUGCUGUCAACACGUUCAAGGGGCUGACACGUGAUGGUCGCUUCCUGGCUGGUGGUGGGGCAGUGGAGAUCGAGCUUGCCCAGAAGCUCGCCGAAUACGCCGACACCCUGCCCGGACUGGAGCAGUACGCCGUGCGCAAGUUUGCGGCCGCGCUCGAAUUCUUCCCGAAAGCGUUGGCCGAGAACAGUGGCGUCAAUGCGACGGAGAUCGUCAACCAGCUGUACCUGGCACACAAACAGGGCAAGCGGACGGAAGGUUUCGACAUCGAAUCGGAGCUACCGGCCACAAUCGAUGUGACCAGCAAGAACAUCUUCGAUCUGUACACCGCCAAGUACUGGGGACUGAAGUAUGCGGUUGGCGCUGCCUGUACUAUCCUGAAGGUCGAUGAAAUCAUUAUGGCGAAGCGAGCCGGUGGACCGAAGCCACGUGCCGGUGGUCCAGGAAGCGAUGAUGAAUCGUAAAGUGGGCGCUUCUACUAGGCUUCUUCAUCCAUUAUUCCUUCCUUAACGCAUUUGCUACUCUCACCUUCCUUUUGUUCAUCUAAUACCGCACAUUGCUAACCAACGAAUAUGUUUAAUUAAAACCCCUACUCACACGGCGGGUCUGAGGAGAGGGCUCAGCUGCAUUUCGAUUAUUUGUACGAGUUAGGACACAUUCUUCUCUCGCGACUGCCUUCGUCCUCCAUCAUACAACCAUCUUUGAGCGCACCACAGCGCACGAUCAUUUGAUGAAAGUGCGUAGCUAAACACUAGAAUCACGGAUAAAAUAAAUGGCGAUCCUCCCGCACCGUGUGGACAUUUAACC